AUGCUCGCCGUUGCCGUUGCCGUUGUCGCCUCUUGGUUCAUUUGGACAUAUUUCCGCCAGAUUUUCACGCGGUCUCCGCUCGAUAGAAUUCCGGGGCCUGCGUUGAAGGACUCGUUCCAAUACGGCCACCUCAAGCGAUUGCUCGCCCCAGAUGGUUGGGGGUUCCUUGAGUACCUGACCGACUCCUAUCCGGGUAUUGCUAAGCUUGCGGGACCUUUCGGCCACCGAUCACUCUAUGUGUUCGAUCCUCUGGCUCUUCACAACAUCAUCGUGAAGGAACAGAAUAUUUUCGAAGAAAAUGACUUCUUUUUCACGUUGAACAACAUGCUCUUCGGUCCUGGUCUCCUUUCUACCAACGGGGACAAGCACAAGAAACAGCGUAAGCUACUGAACCCAGUGUUCUCCAUCGCCCAUAUGCGCCGCAUGAUCCCAAUCUUCAACAAGGUCACACACCAGCUCGUACAGGCUCUCGAAGCGCGCGUCGACGUGAAGGCCAGCAGUACCGAGAUUGAUGUAGUGCAGUGGAUGGGUCGUACCGCUCUCGAGCUCAUCGGCCAAGCCGGACUGGGAGUCAGCUUCGACCCACUUGUCGCCGACAAAGCCGACGAACUGGCCGAGACGAUAAAGGAGUUCCAACCCGCCAUGAGCGAUCUCGCCUUCGUCCACCGCUUGCUCAUUGAGAUUCCGGGUUUUGCCAAGAUGAGCCGGGACUGGAUACGUCGCGUGUGCCGAUUGAUCCCACUGCCCGCGGCUCACAAGGUGAACCUUUUCACCGAUAGGCUGGAACAAAGCUCCCUGGACAUCUGGCGGGCGAAAAAGGCCGCAUUGGCUCGUGGGGAUGACGCGAUGGCUCGGGAGGUUGGAGAAGGCAAGGACCUCAUGAGCAUUCUGCUCCGGGAGAACAUGGGAGCGAAGGAAGAAGACAAGCUGCCCGAGGAGGACCUCAUCGCCCAGAUGAACACGUUCACCUUCGCCGCCAUGGACACCACGUCCAACGCGCUCUCUCUGACACUCACCCGCCUCUCCGAGAACCCGGACGUCCAGCAGAAGCUCCGCGAGGAGAUCCUCGAAGCCCUCGACGACCGCCAGGACCUCGACUACGACGAGCUCAACAAGCUUCCGUUCCUCGACGCCGUCUGCCGCGAGACCCUCCGCCUGCACGCGCCGGUACCGCUCCUCUUCCGCGUGAACCGCGAGGACGCCGUCCUCCCGAUCUCGCGGCCGAUCCAGUGCACAGACGGGACCGAGGUGCGGGAGAUCCCCGUGCCGAAGGGCACGGCGGUCAUACUCGGGCUGUGGUCCUCGAACCGCAACAAGGCGCUCUGGGGCGAGGACGCGGCGGAGUGGAAGCCGGAGCGCUGGCUCGCGCCGCUCCCGGAGACCAUAGUGGACGCGAAGGUCCCGGGGGUAUACUCGAACUUGAUGACGUUCAACGGUGGCGGACGCUCGUGCAUUGGCUUCAAGUUCUCUCAGCUGGAAAUGAAGGUCGUACUGUGCCUCCUCCUCUCCAAGUUUACCUUUGCGCCCUCGGACAAGCGCAUCACCUGGAACCUCGCCGGUGUGGUGUUCCCGACCGUCGCUGGAGGCGGCUCUCAUCCGUCCAUGCCGAUGAAGCUCGCGCGCUACAAGCCUCGCGCGUGA